AUGCUGGGACUUCUAGCCUUGGCUGUCGCUUCGCUGCCUUUGGCACUGGCACAGAACACUACAGAUCAUAUUGUCGAUCUUGGCUAUACCAAGUAUCAGGGAGUACUGAACCAGAGCGUCGUACAAUACUUUGGCAUAAGAUAUGCUGCGGCCCCGGUCGGAGAACUGAGAUGGCGUGCGCCUAUGGACAUUGAGAGCCACGGUGGCUACGACCAAUCGGAGGUGCAGUCAGCUACCGAGCGAGGUCCCAUCUGUGUUCAAGGAGCACCGUACUGGCGGAACAAUCCUACGCUGAACAGUACUGGGAGUGAAGACUGCCUGUUGUUGGAUGUCCUGUCACCACAGCAGCCGGUCAAUGCAUCGUUGCCGGUCUUGGUGCAGAUACAUGGAGGCGGCUAUGAUCAAGGCAAUAGUGAGAGCAACCCUGGCUAUCUAAUCGUCAACCAGUCUCGAGGACAAAUGGUCUACGUCUCGAUACAAUACCGUCUGGAUGCCUUCGGCUUCUUGAGUAGUGCUGAGAUCCGAGAGAACGGCAAUGCCAAUGCUGGCCUGCUUGAUCAACGAGCAGCCCUCAUGUGGGUCCAACGUAACAUUAGGGCGUUCGGAGGAGAUCCUGCAAAAGUGACAAUCAUUGGUGGAAGCGCUGGCGGAGGCAGCGUCAUGGAUCAAAUGAUCCUUUAUGGUGGUGUUUCCAAUCCUCCGUUCCGAGCAGCCAUUGCCGAAUAUCCAUGGUGGCAGAGCUACAAAAACAACACAAUCCUGGAGAUGCAGUAUCGUGAGAUGCUGACAGCGACGAAUUGCUCUACGCUAGCAUGUCUUCGAACUGUCUCAUCGGAAACUUUGAUUGCUGCCAUGCAGACGUCCCUUGACACGGGCUACCUCAACAAAGUCUACGGCUGGGGCGAUUUCUACUAUGGUCCAGCAGUCGACGGCGAUGCGAUUCGCGAUUUGCCGUCGAAUGAGUUCAAGCAAGGACACUUUACCAAGGUGCCGCUGAUUGUCAAUCGUGAUGGCUUCGAGGGCUACAAUUACUCGCCGAAGAACGAGACGACACAGGAGCAGGAGACGACUGAUCUGCAAUUGAUCUUCCCUUACGCCAAACAGUCGUUCUUUCAACGUCUGUAUCAGCUGUAUCCUGCAACCGCCUUCAACAGUACUUUAUUUCAGCGACAGUCGAUAUAUGGCGACUAUAUUAUCGACUGUCCCACUUACUACAUGGCAACCGCAGCAAGCGACUGGGGCCAGCCGACCUGGAAACUCAUCUUCAACGCCGGCUCCCAGCUCCACGGUGCCGAUGGUCCUUUCCUGUGGGGUCCACAAUCCGCAGCCAACAAUCAGACGCUUGCCAGCAUCAUGAAAGACUGGUAUCUGGGCUUCGUCCUCAAUCUGGAUCCGAAUAGUGUCAGCUACUCUGGCGUUGCGAAGCCGCAGUGGCCUCAGUAUCAGUCGCCUUCGACCACGGGAUUCAGCAUCAUGGAUGUGAAUUACACUAUGAUGGGCGUGAUCCCGGAUAUGGAUGCGAAUGAGAGGUGUGACUUCUUUCAUGGACAGAGCUAUGUUGUGCGGAACUAA